ACAGCAACAUAACCUCAAAAAGCCAAGUGCAAAUUUUCUCAGAGGAAUUUUUAGAAAAAAUAGUGCAUAAAAUAGUGAAAAUAGCAUGGUUUUGAAUAGGAAAAAGCUCAAGGAGUUGCUGGUGUCUGAGAAUACCUUCGUGAGCAAUUUGCUUCUCCUCUGCGAUGUGCCAGAUCCGGAUAAUACAGAAGAAGACGUUCUUGACACUCCGGGAGAUCCUAAAAAGCUCAAAAAGUUCAAAUUGAUGCUGAAGAAGAGUCCAGCUGAAUUGAAAGCCGCAGCAGAAGCCACAUCUUCAAGCACAGAAUUUACGAAGAAUCGCAAAACGAAAAAUCCCAAACAGAAAAAGGACAAAGCUCUGAAGAAAGAGAAGAAGCAGAAAAAUAAGAAAAGUAAGAUACCCUCCGCUGUCCCUGAAAAGAUCACAGUGAAGCAGGAAGUGAAGACGGAAGUGAAGGAAGAAAAGGGUACAGAAGGGCCAAAAUUCAACCAAGGAGAGAAGAUAAUCUUCAAUAAGAUUGAUUUCUCAUCGGCCAAGAAGACAAAGGGUGGCAUUAGGAAUCCAGAAAAGGCUCUGGAGAAGCUGAAUGAGACAAAAACGAAAAUCAGGCAAAUGAUGGAGGCAGGAGAGACGGACAAAGCUCUGACAGUCAAGAGUGAUUUGGCAUGGAAGAAGGCAUUUGAUAAGAAUGAGGGACGCAAGGUGAAGGACAAUAAGUUUGUCCUGAAGAAAUCCAUUGAUCGGAGAGAUGCUCAGAAGAAGAAAUCCAGCAGACAGUGGCAGGAGAGGAAGAAGAAGGUCCAGGAGAAGAUUGAGGCACGUGCCAAGCAAGUUGAGGAGAACAAGAAGAAGAAGUCGCAGGAUAAGCUGAAGAAGAAGGUGAAAAGACUGGCCAAGAGAGGAAAAAUCGUGAAUGUUUAGCAUUUUCCAAUAAAUAAAUUCUAUUUUUUCCAAGGAAAA